AUGGGAUGUGCUAAGGAGAAAACCCUGAACUUUGUUUCGUUGCCCGUGAUGUCACGCUCGUCUCCGUCUGGACUGAGACACAACAAGGACUCUGGAAUCUGUAUCCAAGAAAUAACCGUCCAAGUGUGCGCCAGUUCCCGAUUCCCCUCGUUGUCAUCGUAGAUACAAAAACUAUCCUGAAUCCCACGAGAAUGGGUUGAGACACGAGCCAGAUUCGCCCUUUGCGUACCGCAGAAAGCACAAACUUCAGCCGCAACACUCUAUAUAUCUACACAGCCCAGCCCACCCUCUUCACGAGGCAUUCCAUCUACUUGAACCCCCCCCCAUCUUGCAGCUUAAUGAGAAAGAUUUUUGCAUGAGAUUCUGCUCAAGAUGACUGACUCAACUGGCUCGACGAAGUCUCUCCUGGACGUUGUGAGAGACGACACUUUCACUGACUUGUCGGACAAAGACGCCGUUGACCUCUUCAAGAAUACCUUUGGGCCUGAGCUCGAGCAUCUGAAGAAGGCAAGUCCCACCGUGGAAUCCAGUGCCAUAGAUUCAUCUCUCUGGUCUCCAUCAAAGGAAGCCUUCGGUAAGAAUUUCCACGAAGUCAAUCGCACGCUCGUCAGUAUGCUGGCCAUCAAAUGGGUCCUGGGUGGCGACUACGAGGCCUUUACCUGCGGCCAAAAUGAAAAGUCGAAACUUCGGGAGGACUCCUUUAAGACGCUACGGAAGUACUGCCGCGAUCGAUUACCCAGCCCAGAAGACAAAUACGCUCUUCUCGUCGCAAUGAUGAUAGACGACAUUGGGAAGGACAAGAACCUCGCCAAGGAGGUAGGAAUACCCGACAAGAACCACGGGGAAGUGCUCCUCAGAGCCGUGGAGAUGGACCGGGUGCCUGCGAUGAGGACCCUCCCGGACCAAGACAAGAAAGCAGAUAUCAUCCAGAGCCUCAGGAUUGGCUCGAAGCUGGAUAUCUCGCAACUGGUGCAGGGGGAAACAGCCCCGCACAGUCUGCUUGCUUUGAAAGAUGGCCAUAAGCUGGAGAAAGGUUUCAACAUCAAGGCCAUGGUGACCUUUCUGGAUGUCGGAGGCGCUGCUGCGCAUAGCAAUCCGCGUGGGUGUACCGUGAUAACAGAGCCCAUCUUCCGUCACUACAUGAAGGCGAUCGAGAUUUUGGAUGACUAUCGCAAGAGGACAAACCCCAACUGGCCCGAAUGCUACAAUGACUACCUGGAUUACCGUGCUGGUAUCUUGAAGGAUAGAGAAUUCGUUCUUCUGUCUGUCAGGGACCAAGAACAGCGUGCUCUUCUUCGGCUUCUUUGCAUGGGGCGAGUGGAGACUAAGGAAGAUGCAGAGCGGUUCCAGCGCGCUUUCGAGAAUUUGGCAGAUCCUUUCAAGAAGAAUCUGGUGAACGGGCUGAGUGUCAAUGGCUUUGGGGAUGGUACCGCCAUUCUUCCCUAUUAUGCACCCGGGAUCCUAGUGGAGGUGCUGAGGAAUAUUUUGGAUCCAACUGAGGACAGAAUCAUUCUGCACUUGUCAGUCUUCAUGCGCUUUCUGGCUGGAGUCUAUGGUGGCUCUAAACCGGACCCUACCAAGGAGGAUGGCCUGGAGGAACGGGACUUGGCACAGGUGCAGGAUCUCGUUAGGAGCGCGAAGUUCAAGGAAGAUCCAGAAUCGUUGGCGUUAGAAAAGGUCAAAUAGAGGCAGUGCAAAAGGCGUAGUACUUUUAUGAUUGUCUUUUUUUUGGGCGUUUCAGUUUGUCCUUUGAUUGUUUAGCGGGCUCAAGAAGUUCUGCUUGGCUAUGGAGUUAAUUAACCGAUGUCAUGACACGCUAGCACUGUUGACAUAGUGACG